AUGGCAGCACACGGUCGUAUGCCACGGAAUUUGUCGUCGACAAAAAUCGCCAAAACUCUCGCUGGCGAGGAACUCGACGAUGUUGAGGUGCUCGAUAUGGACGAAGGAAGAAGUGCGAGAGAAGAAGGUCGUUUCGUGUUCGAAUGCGCUUGGGAAGUUGCAAACAAAGUCGGUGGAAUUUACACCGUGUUGCGUAGCAAAGCACAAAUUAGUACAGAGGAGUUGGGAGACCAAUAUUGCAUGUUCGGACCAAUGAAGGAUGAGAAAUGGAGACUUGAAGUUGACCCAAUCGAACCCGAAAAUAGAACAAUUCGUGCCGCGAUGAAACGUUUCCAUGCUGACGGAUUUCGAUGCUUGUACGGUCGCUGGCUCAUCGAAGGAUACCCGAAAGUAAUUAUGUUCGAUUUGGGAUCUGGAGCUGUUAAAAUGAACGAAUGGAAGCAUGAGCUUUUUGAGAAAUGCCAAAUUGGAAUUCCUCACGAGGAUAUCGAAUCAAAUGACGCGGUCAUUCUGGGGUUCAUGGUUGCUAUUUUCCUGAAGCAUUUCGUGGAAUCGGUCACUGCUUAUACUCCAUUAGUUGUUGCCCAUUUUCAUGAAUGGCAGGCUGGAGUCGGUCUUCUGAUGACAAGACUUUGGAAGUUGAAUGUCGCUACGGUUUACACAACUCAUGCAACGCUGUUAGGAAGACAUUUGUGCGCAGGAGGGGCCGAUUUGUACAAUAAUCUUAGCGGAUUCGAUCUUGAUGCUGAAGCGGGAAAAAGAAGGAUUUAUCACCAAUAUUGUCUCGAGAGAGCCGCCUGUCAAACUGCUCAUGUUUUCACGACGGUUUCCGAAAUUACUGGAUUAGAAGCCGAACAUUUCCUUUGUCGAAAACCAGAUAUUUUGACACCAAAUGGUCUCAAUGUAUUCAAGUUUGCAGCCCUUCAUGAAUUCCAGAAUUUACAUGCUCAAAAUAAAGAGAAAAUUAACAAUUUCAUUCGUGGGCACUUUCAUGGACAUUUGAACUUUGAUCUCGAUAAAACCUUGUAUUUUUUCACUGCUGGAAGAUAUGAGUUUUCAAACAAAGGAGGAGACAUGUUCAUUGAAUCAUUAGCUCGUUUGAAUCACUAUCUAAAAACUACCAGUGAUCCAAGACAUUCUGGGGUAACCGUCGUUGCAUUUAUUAUUUAUCCUGCACCGGCGAACUCUUUCAAUGUGGAAUCUUUGAAAGGUCAAGCGGUCACCAAACAGCUCAAAGAAGCUGUUGACAGGAUAAAAGAAAGCAUCGGUCAGCGCAUAUUUAACUCAUGUCUUCAAGGUCACCUUCCGGAUGGAGAAGAUCUUGUUUCGCCGGCGGAAACAAUUUUGCUCAAGAGAUGUAUGAUGGCAAUGCAGCCAUCACAAUUGCCACCAAUUUGCACUCACAACAUGAUUCGCAACGACGAUCCUGUGCUCGAGGCACUUCGUCGAACACAGCUGUUCAACAAGCCGGAUGAUCGUGUGAAGGUUAUUUUCCAUCCAGAGUUCUUGUCAUCUGUUUCACCAUUAAUCGGGCUUGAUUACGAAGAUUUUGUUCGUGGAUGCCAUCUUGGAGUUUUCCCAUCAUAUUAUGAGCCAUGGGGUUACACACCGGCUGAAUGUACUGUAAUGGGAAUACCGUCAGUAUCGACAAAUCUCUCUGGUUUCGGUUGCUUCAUGCAAGAGCAUGUCGAUGAUCCAGAUGAGUAUGGAAUAUACGUUGUCGAUCGUCGUUUUCAAGGAGGCGAAGAAUCUGUGUGUCAGUUGGCACAAAUCAUGUAUGACUUCUCGGGAAUGUCCCGUCGUCAACGCAUUAUUCUGCGUAAUUCUUGCGAACGUCUUUCGGAAUUGCUUGAUUGGAAGAAUCUUGGUGUUUUCUAUCGCGAUUGCCGAAGAAUGGCUCUCGAAAAAUUGCAUCCAAAUUUGAACAACAUUAUUCGAGAAAACGAAGGAAUGGUUCCAUCGGCUGCAACUUCUCGUCGACCAUCAAUCCAUGGAAGCGACGACGACGAUGAAGAAUAA